AUGCCUAAUACAAAUACAAUCCUUCUCCCAGACGGCUAUUCUCUCACGGUAACCCGAGUUUUUGAAGGCUUUUCCUUCAAAACUGGUGGACUUAAUUUUGGCAAUAGCAGCCUUUUACCACCAGGAUGGUCAAUCGUUAUAAACUCCAUACGCAAUCGCAAAGCCACUCAGGCUGAGACAAGUCCUAGUUCUGAGUCUGAAGAUACCCAAAAUGAAGAGGAUAACCCGUUUGAAUGGGAGUCAAACCAUUACACGCAGCCGACCCUUAACAGCGACUAUUUAUUUAUAUCGUCGAUCAACCUUGCCUCAAGCAAAGCCGCCGUACCAAAUUCCAUCGCAACAUGUCAGAUCGCGUUGAUUCUUUGGUCGACAUUAUACUGGUACUUUCAUCAAACGGUGCCAAACACCCGUCUCACCACCAAAGAUUCAGUCGCCGUUCCAGAGCGUGCUCGACCAAGGGGGGAAUGGCUGAUACACAUUAGGCGUGAGGGUGUUCUUAAGGGCCGGAACUUAUUGCUGAAACUCGAGAGGAUGGGUUUGGUUACAACCGAGAACUCGAUAGUUGGCUUAGAGGAUCCCAAUGGCCCUCCGGCAAAACUGGACAUGUUUGUCAGUCGUAGGAGUUUCUGGCAGAUUGAUCCUCACAUUUUCCUAUUCUCACUAGCUCCUGAUAUGACUCCAGGGUCAGGAUCGCCGUCUCGUUCAUGUUCCCCGUCUCGCAGUGAUAUUAUGAACAACGGAAGUCAUGGUAGCCGAAUGACCGCUUCACCAGCACCUCUGGGCUCAUUUUAUUCAAGUGGCCAUGUGCCAUCCUAUUUCCCUCCACCACCCGCUCAAUGGGUCAUGCUAGACGGGUGGCUCCGCCAUCCAAUUCGUCAAAAGCCGCCUCGCCAGGGUGAAACAUUUUAUAUACGCUACAUUCCCAGCCUAAAGAAGAUGCUAUCAUUCCGUGUGCCAAUCCUCGCAACAAAUUCAGCAGAUACUGGUGAGAAUGCGUUAGGUCGAUACCAUAGAGCGAUUUGCAGCAACUUGGAAAAAGGAGAGACCACUAAGCACGCUUUACCCAAAACUUGGGGAUCAGACCUCGAAUUCCUACACAAAGUGCUAAACACCCCCAAAGGUCAGGAUAUGUGGGACUCGGGUGGCCCCCAUCAUGUCCAAGAGCGGUUCAUCAAAGCACGCCUUACCUCAAAAUACCUAUUCCCUGCAAUAGGGUGUUGGAACGGCAAACCAUUUGGCUAUUUUGAAAUAGUUUGGGUCAAAGAGGGUUCGGUCAAGAGGCCGUUGCCUGUUUUGGUCGAUGAUUUUGAUCGUGGUCUUCGCUGUAUAGUUUUCGAUGAUGAAGACAGAAACCCCCAUCAAACGCAGGUGUGGCUCAAUGCGCUGGUUCAUUACUGUUUGUUGGCAGACAACCGGACACAGGCUAUUUCGGUUGGGCCAAGGGUCGAUGACGACAAUCUUACCGAAGCAGGCUUCUAUAAGGAGGGUGAAUUCACUUUGCCAGAUAAGCAGUGUGCUAUUAUGAGGCUUAAAAGAGAUAACUGGGAGGCCCCAACUCUUUGA